UUUUCCCCACCUUUCAGGGGUGUAAAAAGGAGAUGGGUUUAAAGAGUGACGGCUCUAGACUCACUAUUUUGCGGGGCAGGGGGAUUCCAUGACAUAACCAGCAAAAUCAGGUUGUGCAUAACAAACCCAGUUCCUAGCAAAAUUAGAUAUUUUUGUGAUGAGAGUGAAGAGAAAGGCACUAGGAAGUGUGGGAGAAUACCCACUUAGCACAGUGACAGCAAACCUCCCUGCCAAAAAAUUAGGGUGAAUGCUCCAUAAACAGGUUGCCUGUUUGUAGCAAGGGCUUAAAAAGAGGCAUCCCUUCUCAAAUGUAUAUCAUGGAAUGUUAAUGGUCUGAAUAGUAAAUCUAAAAUAGAACAUAAAUUUAAAAAGAAAUGGGAUAUUAUAUGCCUCCAAGAAACCCAUAUAAAAUAGGAAACACAGAAGAAUUCUAAUUAAUAAAAGACUGGGUUCAGAAUUUAUUUAAGCAAGUUCAGAGAAGAAGAGGGGGGUUGUGAUGUAUGUUAACCCCAACCUAGAGCCAAAGUUACUGUACUGUUCAAAGAUGAGGAAGGUAGAGUAUUAGGGGCGGAAAUAAAAUAUGGGAGAGAGAAAUUAACUAUUAUCGGAAUUUAUGCCCCAAAUAGUAAGAAAUCAGAAAUUCAUAAGAAUUUAGAAAGAAAAAAGUUGGAAUCAUAAUAAUGAAAAUAUAAUUCUCGUAGGAGACUUUAAUGGUGUGACCUCUGUAGACUUGGACUCUGUAGACUUGGACAGAACAGAAAGAGAUAGGGUUAUGAAUGGUGAGAAGUUACCAUCUUCCUUCUUCCAAUUAGUAGAGAAUCUUGAUCUUUUCGACAUAUGGAGGAUUAAACACCCAAAUGGGAAAGAUAUUAUACACUUCUCGGAAUCCCAAAAAUUGGGAGGUAGAAUAGAUAAUAUUUGGGUUUCCAAUAAAAUAGUAUUAAGACCAAGUAAAGCAGAAAUUUUGCCCACAGUAAUGUCAGACCAUAACCCAACAAUGCUGGAAAUAACACAGAAGAAGGAGUAUAUGAAAAGGUGAAGACUAAAUGAGAGUAUCCUGAAUGAUGAGAUACAGUUUAAACAGCCAAAGAUAUGUUAUAAGAAUUUUUUUCAAAUUAAUAACCAACAAGGGACGGAGAUUGAUAUAAUUUGGGGUGCCAGUAAGGCAUGUAUGAGGGGGUUCUGCGUCCAACAAUCUGCUAUGAAAAAGAAAAACAGAGAUCAAAACGUCCACCUAAUGAUUAAAGAAAUAAGACAGAAUGAAAAAGAAGUGGCAAAAAAUCCUAAAGACGAGGAAGCCAAAGUGAGGAUUAGGAUAUUACAAACACAAGUGGAGAAUUUACUAAACAAAGAAGUUGUAAAUAAAAUUAAAUGGCUCAAACAAAAAACUUUUGAGUCAGCAAACCGUUCGAAAACCGAGGUUCCACUGUAUCCUUUCUAAAGCUAUCUUAGCAGCUGGGUGGUGUGCUUCUGUGUGUGAAAUUGGGAAAUGGAAAAGUCAGCGUUUUUCUGUUAACCUAGUACUGCAUUUCUCUCUCUCUCUAGUAGAUUAAAAGAGGCAAGGGGGGAGUGCCCCUCUGUUUCUGAGGUUAUUUGUUUGUUUAUUUCUCCUCCCACCUUCCUCGGAGCUGGGGACUUCAUGAACAUGGUUUACUGGUGGUCUCCCUCCAAAACUGCUUAGCUUCUCCAGAGUUUCUGCAGGACAGUGCUUUGGUCAGGAAGCAAAGGUCCUGGCCCAGGUUCUGAGAUUGGAAAAGGUGGCACGCCCAGCUCCCUCUGCCAAGCCAAGGAGCAGAAGACAUUCAGACCGAAAUAAAACGUCUGUUAUCCGGAACCGACUGGCGCUCAACCACUCAGAGGACACUUCAGAAGAGGGACAUGGCAACUGUGUCUUUCAUGCUGGCUGUGUGGCUUCUGCAGCUGACCAUACUACAAGGUGCUGCCAACUCAACAGCAGAGUGUGGGCAACCAAUAAACUCUCCACGAAUUGUUGGUGGCCAACCAGCCUCAAAUGGGUCGUGGCCCUGGCAGGUCAGCAUUUUACGGAACUCAUAUCCUAUUUGUGGAGGCUCCCUCAUAGCCAAGCAGUGGGUGCUCUCAGCAGCUCACUGCUUCUUCAACAGAAACGGGUUCCAAUACAAUGUCCUUCUAGGUGCCAAUCAGCUCUCACACCUCUCAGAUAAUGCAGUGAUAUCUGACGUGCAGCAGAUUAUCCUCCACCCUGACUACAAUGGCCUGGAUGCCUCCAGUGGAGAUAUUGCUUUAAUUAAGCUGAAGUCCCCUGUGAAGUUCACCAGCCACAUCCUCCCCAUCUGCCUGCCAGAGUCCUCUGCACAGUUCCCUUUGAACGAAUACUGCUGGGUGACCGGAUGGGGAAAUAUUCAAUCUGAAGUGCCUUUGCCAGACCCACAAACCCUCCAGGAAUUGAAGGUGCCACUCAUAAUUCGAGAAGUCUGCAAUAUUCUCUAUAACAGUCGCCCAGUGCAAGGCCUGGGCAGGGAUCCUGUCAAGCAGGAUAUGAUCUGUGCUGGUUACCCAGAAGGUGGGAAAGAUUCCUGCCAGGGGGACUCUGGAGGACCUUUGGUUUGCCAGCUCAAAGGAGUUUGGACCCAGGCUGGGGUUGUAAGUUGGGGAGUUGGCUGUGCUGAAAGCCACUACCCCGGUGUCUACACUUUAGUGCCUUCCUAUGCCAACUGGAUCCAAGACAAGAUGAGUGCUGGAAAUGGGAGUGGCGGCAAAAGCGACCAACUACGCAAGGCCCGUGUUGUGACAUUCACUUUGCUGUCUCUUCUGCUAGCCCUUCUGUGAAAAACCAAUCUAUCGGCUUUCCGUCUUACCUAUAAUUGCCUGGAAUAUUCAGGCUGCUGGAGGACUCUGUUUAAAUCACCACAUGCACUAGAUCCGGGAAAACCUACCCCCUACUUCUCUCUGAUUAAUACAGGCAUUAGCCUUGCCACAUUUCAAUUCCUUUGUAACCAUUUGAUCAUAGUUUAAGCAUUGCGUGCCCAAGCGGAGACACACACACCCAACCCCAAGAGACCACCAGAAGGAAUGAUAACUCGGGACAACAUACAGUAUUAUGGAAUUAAAAUGGACCGCAACUUUAUUAAACCUUUCAGAUGUUGGAAGACUUUAGCUUAGGCAUUGGGCGUGUAUCCCUCCCAGCCCCCCAGCCAGGGAACUGGGGCUCCUUAGGGUUAAUGGCAUAGGGGAGGACACACUGCAAAACACUUGCACAUAUCCGUGCAACACAGGGGAGUUCACUGACCACCUUUCAGUGUAUGGCCAGUGACUCCCCUUUCACAAACCCCUUUAAGAGGGAACCCUGAAAUCACCGCUGCGGUCCUCCAGAUGUUUUGGCCUACAACUCCCAUGAUCUCUAGCUAACAGGACCAGUGGUCAGGGAUGAUGGGAAUUGUAGUCCAAAAUAUCUGGAGGGCUGAAGUUUGAGGAUGCCUGGACUAAAGGAUUCUGCCCAAGGCCUUAAAACCACCAAAGUUGUGACAAUUGCUACAGGAAAAACAAUUCCUUCCCUACUCUUCAACAGCAACCAUCAAAAGACCCUAGCAACGCCCGCUGAACAGGAAGGAAAAUGGUUAACUUGCAAUCAAGCAUUAGACAAAGGGAGGGUUGGGGGAGUGAAGCUCCGGAGCCAACUGCAUGCUUACUGCUGGCUCUGCCUCCCAUUUAUGCAUCUCAAGUGGACCAAUGGGAAGCCUGCCCAUUCAAGGUCCCCUCGGCUCUCGCCACCUCCGAAGAAGCUGCUAAAAGGGGUUUGGUAGGAACCCCCAAUGGCUGACGACAGGGAGGAGGGCCAGCCCAACCAGCUGGUGGGUCCCACAUGGCUCGGGGGUGCUGCGCGCGCUCCCACAAAGGGAGGUGUGAACGCUCACCUUCCCUCCGUGAUGCUGAAGAUGACAUUCAUGGCUCUCCUCCUCCCCAUUUUUAUCCUCACAACAACCCUGUGAGGUAGGUUCAGCUGAAAGUGUAUGACUGGCUCAAGGACACCCACAGGCUGACUGGAAAUUUGAACCCUGGUCUCCUACGUCCUACACCUCAUUGUUACACCCAAAGAACCCCGGGAUUGUCACUUGGAGAAGAAGCUGAGAAUUUUCCAUCCAUGGACAUCAAUUGGAAGCUAUGAUAUUUCAGACUUUUACAGUGAUGCUGAAAGUGAUGCCUGUCGUUCUGCUCUUAAAAGAAAAUUAACAUUUUUAAUUGACAUUUUUAAAUGACGUGGAAACAAGCGGUAGAUAAAUUCAGCACCUGGGACAAGACAUAAUAAGUUAUGAACUUUUAAAAUUUAAUUUCUUCAGUCACUUGAUCUUUAAUUUGUGAUGUUUCAGGGUUUUAAAAUUAUCAAUAAAUUAUUAUAAAAUACUUGCAAUAGUUUUAUUGCUUUAUUCUUUGUGUGAUUA